ACCAAACAACCACUUCCCCGAAUCAAUUAAUAAUUUAGAGAGACGAGGGGACUCUGGCAGCAAUGUCCGAUCAUGAUCACACAAAACAACGCAUAAUCGCUUCAGUAUUCGAUAAGCGCAACUCAGGUGCCGCGAUUAAAGAGACAUAUGUUGGUCACAUAAAGAUAUGGGAGGAUGCAGGAGAAGAUUCGGGGAAAAAGCCGCGCUAUAUCUUGCUGUCACAGGGUAGCGAUGGAACUGGUUUCCUUCACAAGUCGAAGCUGAACACAAAUGGCUCAUUCUCCGUAGGGAAGACAUGGAAACUCUCCGAGUUGCGUGGUAUAGAGGUUUCGAAUCCAGCAUCCUUCAAUAUCACACUGGCUCGUACAUAUAAAUGGCAGACGGAAAACCAUCUUGAUCAAGCAAACUUCAUUUCCGCGGCAGUGAAACUGUUUUACAUCGUCACAAAUGGCACUGGUACACUACAUCUGGUCGGAGUGCGACAAAACGAGCCAGGUCCUGCCAAUGGAGCAUCUGAAUCCUCGGAGACUCAGGUCACUCAAGCACCGCAAACUGACUUGAACGUAACUCCUGGGCCAGCGAGACGACAAGCUGCAACUUCGCGAGCGGGAACACCACAGCCAGGUAUGCGUACGGAGCUCCCUACUCGCACUCAAGUUGCAAGACCUCCAUCCCGUGCUCCUUCUCCUGCUGGUUCCAAUAUUAGUAAUCCACCUCAGAAUAUUUCCAGUUUAGGCGCAAUCCGACCCCCUUCCCCAUCACCAGCCUCUCAGCUACAAGGACAACCGCAGACCGCUCCAUCCGGUCUACCAAGUUCACUUAGACCACGAGUUAUUCGCCGUCUAUCCAAUGCAACGCCACCACAAAACACUUCGUCGAAUGGUGUGCCAGCAAACCUUGUACCAACUCGUGCACCUCUCUCUGCGUCGCCUCUACGUACUCCCAAAGAGAAUUACCCUUUCGCUGCAUCUCGCCCUUCUGCUGAAUUUGUCCACGCGCCGAGUCCGCUUUCAGCCACCCCAGCAGUUGCCCAGCUUCCUCGAUCAGAGUCCCCGAUUUCUGUUCGAUCUCAAAGAUCUCAAAAGCUGCCUUCAAGCAAAUCCAUACCUAUUCCAGAACCUCCGCAACCUCGCCGGGAGCAUAACAAUCGGGUAUCAUUCUUUGACCCUCUUAAUCAAACCGCUUUGGAUAGGCUUGUAGCAGGAGAUUACCCAGAUAAUGGGAGUGUGGGUGAAGAGGAGACCUCACAGGCUACAAUGGCGAGUGUAGAGGAGAUGUUAGAGGGAUUUGAGUGGGCCAGCGAUGAUUUAUUUGGGAAAAAGAACGCAAAGGGGGCAGCAGACUUGGUCGAGGCCCGUCUGCUAGACGAGUUAAUAGCCCUUGAGAAGGCCAAUGUACACUCCUUCGUGGAGUCCGAUGAUCGUGUGGCUUUAGUCAUGAAUUUCCUGGAUGAAGCUAUCACCGAAGUCGACGCAAUGGACAGCUUGAUUUCAUCAUACAAAAUUCAUUUGAACGCCGUCGGGGACGAUAUCUCGUUCAUACAAUCUCAGAGGCGCGGCUUACAGGUUCAGACACAGAAUCAACGCGCUUUGUUGAGCGAGCUCGAAAAUCUCCUUCAAACUGUCCAAGUAGACCGUGAAGUACUGGUGACACUCACUCAGGAAUCCCUUGAAAAGGCAUCCGGGAUACAUAAAUUAGAGACAGCGGCCACAGAACUCUAUAAAGCUCUCCAAGCUGGUCAAGACACUGAUAUGGCUGCUACCAUGGAGCGAUUAGACGAAUACAGGACCCACAAUGCACAGUUCUGUAAACGUAUCUAUGACUAUCUAUCAAUCAUGUCUGUCGCACAGGCGGAAAUUAUCCUGGAUGGAAACAAUGGGAUUACCAAGCCUGGCCGAGGACGCCCGGUUAUCAAGAGUCACGAAGGCAUGGAGACAUACCUCGUUCGUUACGCAGGACUGCUUCUCUACCUGAAGGAGAUGGAUGAGAGUGUAUAUUCAAGAUUCUGUGGGGCAUACUUCUCGGCCACCAGUGAACUUCACAAAAAACAGAUGGGGCAUUUACUCUCGAUUUACGCAGGACUGCUGAAAAGGACACCAGACGAAGAUGCUGACCAGAACUUUGGAUCGGCUAAUGAAAACAGUCAAAAGGCAUCAAUUCGUCGUGCUGGAACCAUUGUCCGUUCGCCUAUCGAGGGACGAAAAGAUCGAAAUAAAGACAGGGAGAGGCAGACGGACGAGUAUCGUGCACCAGAGGCUCUGGGUCUUAUUUUGGAGCAAAUUGCCCCUCAAAUCUACCGGGAAGGAGACUUCAUUGCAGAGUUCCUGCAAAUCAAUGAUGCUGGUCUUACGUUUGCUGAUCAUGCUGGGCUGGACAAUUACUUCAGGCGACAAGCUGCGCGAAGCGCAGGCUUGAGCCAAACAACCAUGAAGCUCGCACGUGGUGCCAUGGACUUAAUUUUCGGCUUUUUACCUGCCGAGUUGAAGCAAUGGAUUGACUCCGCUAUUGCCAAAGAUACGCUUCAGGUGGUCGGAGUCCUAGUUUGCUUGGAGCGCUUUGUAGCAGAUGCGGAUGAGCGUGAUAAUGCGUUCUUUCUGCAAAUGUUGGAAAAGCAGCACACUAGGCUCAAGGGAUCCUUUGAUCGUCAUAUCAAUCAACAAAUCAAGAUGAUCGAGGAAACUAAACUCACAAGCAAGAAGCGAAAAGGGGUUGCUCAUUUCGUGAAAUACUUCCCGAUCUAUGUCAGUCGUAUUGAACAGCAACUAAUUGGCGCGGAUGGUUUGGAGAUCAGAGCCAAUAUUGAUCUAGCUUAUGAAAAGAUCGUGCACAGCAUGUUUGAAUGUCUUAAGCACAUGGCUACCCUAGACGGUGAUGAUGAAGACAAGGGCCAGCUGAAUUAUCAUGUGCUGCUCGUUGAGAAUAUGCACUACUUUGUUGCGGAAAUGUCUCAGCUGGAUGUAGGCUCGGUUUCUGGCUUCCCGAAACAAGCGGAGGCGAUUUACAAUGAGAAUCUGAACGCCUAUGUCAAGAUUGUCCUGAGACGACCUUUCGCAAAGAUCAUCGACUAUUUCGAUGGCAUCGAACGGUUGCUCACGACUACUGCCCCGACAGAAGUCUCAAAGAACAGCAAUUACAACAGAUCCUCGCUAAAGAAAAUUGUCAAGGAGUUCGAUGGCAAAGACAUCCGCAAGCAUAUUGAUGCCCUAUUCAAGCGCGUUGAGAAACAUUUUACUGAAGCUGAAGAGAAGGCGACAAAGGAAGAAAGCAGUGGCAUUGCUCCUGGCACGGUCAUGGUCGGCGUGUGGAAAACUUGUGAAGAGGAAUUGCAAAGAAUGACAGAGAACUUCAACAGGCGGAUCUCGCAAUGUUAUGCGGAUAGUGGCGUCUCACUGGAAUAUACUAGUGCCGACGUUGAGACGUCCUUUAGGCGCCACAGACUUGGAUCAUAACUUAUUU